UCCCCCAAAUUUGGGGGAAAAUCCCCCAAUCUGGCAACACUGGCGCUCACUGUCAUCGCUAUCCUGCUGGCUGUACUGGCUCUGUUGGUUAGUAUAGUGGGUGCCAAGUGUACCAACUGUGUGGAGGAGGAGUCUGUGAAAGCCCGUGUUAGCCAGGUGUCUGGGGUGUUGUUCCUUGUUGCCGGGGUGCUCUACCUCAUCCCAGUCUGCUGGUCAGCCAAUAGUGUCAUCAAGGACUUCUACAACCCCCUGGUCACCGAGGCACAGAAGCGCGAGUUGGGGGCCUCCAUGUACAUCGGCUGGGGUUCCUCUGCCUUGCUGCUGCUGGGGGGUGCUCUGCUGUGCUGCUCCUGCCCACAGAAGAAUGUGAACUACUUUGCCUGCUACACUGCUGCCAGUUCUCAUCUUCACACUGAUGUCCCAAGCAAGAAUUAUGUGUGAGAAUUCGGAUUUCAA